AUGGAAUUGCCUGCAGAUGCCAUUGCUGCUACCGCCGCCCCUAAACAACCACCACCGGAGAAACCAGAAGCAAUCCGGGUGCGGACCAGAGUUGUCUUCUCAUUCUGGGCUGUGAUUUUGUUACUAGGGCUGCCAACAUGGUGGAAGACCACCUCCAUCUACAGGGCAGAGCUUCCACUUCAGGAAAUGCUCAAUUGGGCGGAGGGAUCAAACGCCCCUUCCGCCUACCCAUUGCAUAUAUGGAUCAGCGCUCCCGAAUUUCCUUGCGACGAAGCGCAGUUUAUCGUGCACGAGAUUCAGAAGAUUCUUGACGAUAUGAAUGAAUACCCCAUACUCCACCAGCGUUUACAUCUCGUCGAUCCAUUUCCUGUUCCUCGUAGGAAAGAAGAUGGUACCGUGCCGAUAAGUCAAAGGUGUGGUGGAGAUCGCAGAGACCAGGAUCUCGGCGAGCCUGCCUUGAAGCUCCUUAUUGAGCCAGCUUCUGCAUUCAAAUUCGACUUGGAAACAUCGACCACAACCGCACUUGCUCACAUCCCUUCCAAUGCUGUUGCUGGUGAAAUGAAAGAUCUUGCACAAGCGUUGUAUCAAACAUUCAGAUUCGAGCAGAUAGCGGCUGCGCUUUAUACCGUAGCUUCCACUACUCAAAACCAGAAUGCUCAGGCGUUCUUAAAAUCCCAACCUUACGAAAUUGUGACGAGUGUCGAAAAGCAAAUCAAUCGGGCCUAUAAAUCUUCCCCAGAUUUCCAUCUGACCUUCUCCUUAUUUGCUGCAAGUGGUGCUCCAUCCAGCUGGGACAUACAAGCAGCUUUGCAAAACCAUAUCCAACCUCUUACUCGAGCAUUAUCAAAGACGGCAAAUUUUGAGAUCACUACGCAGAUCCAAUUGUAUUCUGCUUACUCUCCCGCAAUCCACCCGGUUACUGAUGACUCUCGAAAUGGCACAUUGCUCCAACAAAAGGAUCUUACAGCAUUUGUGAAUGCUGCGGAGUGGCCUUUGGCUCCCUCGAUCGGAGAUGGCCCGACCAUCAACUUCAUCCUAUACGUUCCUUCAAGAGACCAAGUGCCUUUAGGCAUUGCAGGUCUUGGUACGACGUCGUGGUUAAUUCCACAAUGGGGAGGCAUUCAGAUCUUGAAUCCCGUUCUGACCCCCAAUCCGAUGAACGAUGAUUUGACUCUGCCGCAUCAUUUGAGCGCGGGUGUUCUUGAUAAACCAUUUGAAAUCGUUGCAGCGCAACUUUUGUCUUUGCUGGGGAUCUCAAAUAUCGAUGAGCUCGGUAGCUCAUUACCUCUACAUCUUCGGUUAGGUGCAUACAACAGACUCUCCGCUCUGACCCUGUAUCUAAGAGCGGCGUCAAGUCUGGGCUCUUUGUCUCGUCUUGCUCAGCAUCUCAACAAUAUCCCCAUCCCUAAAAAUGUUGCACAGCUAGUCGACGACACCAUUGGCAACCUUACAGCAUGUAGCCAGGCUUUCCUAGGGAGCCAGUGGCACGCAGCCCUUAGCCACGCCAAGUCAGCAUACAUGGACAGCGAGAAAGCCUUUUUCGAUAAGUCCAUGGUUGGCCAGGUGUACUUUCCGGACGAACACAAAGUUGCAGUGUACCUGCCACUCUUGGGCCCCAUUGGUCUACCGCUGCUUGUUGGGCUUUUAAGAGAACUCAAACGACUUGCAACAAAGACAACACUUGUUGACAAAUAG